UCCUGUUACAUUCCUGCUAUUGUGGGCUGGCCGAGUCUGCCUGUCAAAUAACGGGGAUCUUGAUUCCACUACGACAUUUUAAUACCUAACCGGUUCCACCAACUGUUUUCUCCCUCCGGACUUUUCUUUGUCGCUCGUCGCUCUUGUUACAUUUCUAGGCUGGCCCGCAAGUUUGCUGACGAAAUGCGGAUAUUGUCCUUUUCACGACUCACCCUGAUCGGUUUGGGCCUCUGGCCCGCGCAGGCCCUCGCAGCCGACACCCUCAGCACCGAUGGCGUAUCUACCUGCCUGACUGGCUCUGAUAUCGAGGUCCAGAAGAUGCAUAUCACUUACACGAAAUCCACAAGACAAGUCGUUUUCGAUGUGUCGGGAACGAACGAGAAAGCGCAGAAUGUCACUGCGUCUUUGGAGGUCUACGCCUAUGGUAACGAAGUAUACACGAAGGAAUUUGAUCCUUGCAGCAGUGACAACCAUGUCGCUGAAUUGUGUCCUGUUCCUUCCGGCACCUUCUCAGCAACUGGAUCCCAGGAGAUCCCCGAGUCGUUCGCGAGCCAAAUUCCGUCUAUCGCCUUCGCCAUACCCGACUUGGAUGGGCAAGCAAAGCUUCAGCUGAAAUCGAAGGAUGAUGGUAAAGAGGUUGCCUGUAUCCAGUCGACUUUGUCGAACGGCAAGUCGAUGCAAAUCCCCGGUGUUUCCUAUGCCGCUGCCGGUGUGGCAGGCGCAGCCCUCGCGCUGAGCGGGCUAUCUGCCAUAAGCGCCGCAGGUCACCCCGGCGCUCACUCGUCUAGCCCCGGCUUUGGUGAUGUAAUGGGGUGGUUCCACACCAUGGCUACAAAUGGUAUGCUGAGUGUGAAUUACCCCACCGUGUACCGCAGCUUCUCCAAGAAUUUUGGCUUCAGCACUGGGUUGAUACCGUGGGGACAGAUGCAGCAGUCCAUCGAUAACUUCAGACAGUCCACCGGUGGCAACCUCACGCAGGCCAGUUACGAGUUUCUCCGCAACGCAACGCUUGAUUAUAGUGAUGGCUCGUCGAACUCGAGUUCCAAGACCAAGCGAGGGUGGAACAUGGUCGUAGGAGCCGUGGAGCUGGCUGCACGGGAUCUUACGACUUCAUAUGACAGCUCGACGUCGGGCAAUGACACGAGCGAUACUACAAGUGAAUUUAAGAAGACCGUGUCCGGAAUUGAGGCCUUCGCGGCGCAACUCACCGUGCCGCAAGCGAACAUCUUCAUGACGGUUUUGUUGAUCUUCGCUAUUGUCGUUGCCGCCAUCGCCGUGGGCAUCCUGCUUGUCAAGGUCAUCCUUGAGUUGUGGGCCCUCUACGGCUCCUUUCCCAAGCGGCUCACGGACUUCCGCAAAGACUACUGGGGCAUCAUGGCUCGGACCAUCACCAACUUGAUCCUCAUUCUAUACAGCAUUUGGGUGUUAUAUUGCGUCUAUCAGCUUACUAAUGGAGACUCCUGGGCAGUAAAGAUUCUGGCAGGUGUCACGCUUGCCCUGUUUACGGCCGUUCUGUUAUUCUUUGGUUUCCGGAUCACCCACCUGGCACGCAAGUAUAAGAAAUCGGAGGGAGACGCUUCAAGUCUGUAUGACAACCGAGACACCUGGCGCAAGUACAGCCUCUUCUACGACAACUACAAAAAGGACUACUGGUGGCUGUUUGUCCCCGUGAUUGUGUACAUGUUCGCCAAAGGAUGUAUCAUCGCGGCCGGUAAUGGCCACGGGUUGGUGCAGUCUGCGGGCCAACUCAUUGUCGAAGCGCUCAUGUUGGCUCUCCUGCUUUGGAAUCGGCCGUACAUUGGCAGGUCGAGUCAAUGGAUUAACAUCAGCAUCCAGGUGGUCCGCGUAUUGUCGGUCGCCUGUGUUUUGAUUUUCGUCGAGGAACUUGGCCUUUCGCAGACGACCAAGACCGUCACCGGAAUUGUGCUCAUCGUCGUGCAGUCCGUUUUGACGGGUAUUCUAGCUAUCCUAAUUGCUACGAACACCAUCAUCCACUGCUGCCGCGAGAACCCCCAUGCCAAGCGGAGAAAGGAAGCCGAAAAACUGGACCGGGAUAUGGAUGAUCUCACUCCGUUGGAUGCGAGGGAGUCGCUUUUGAUGGAUCACCCGCCACGCAAAGACUACGCUGAGAUGAGUAAAUUCAACUUCACCGGUCCCUACGAGCCUUAUCGCGACCAGCAUGAUCCUACCUCACGACACAGUGCCACGGGGAGUACAGACCGUCUAGUAGACCCCGCUAACGGCUUGGACGAUCGACAUGGUCGAAGCUUGAGCCGACAAAGCCGAGAGUCUCGGGGGUCUCCUGAUGGGCGCAAAGCGACCACUCCGGGAUAUGGGUUUGCCUAUUAAACCCAUCCGAUCGCACGGGCUGUUAUGAUAUAUACCAUUGUACAUUUCUGUUUCCCUCCCUUUGUUUGUUGUGUUUCCUCUCCCUCUUUUCAUUCUUGAUUUCUUGCCCUGUCACCGCAAUUGCUCCUUUCACUCCCUCUCUUUUUUCUUUC